AUGCCUCUCUACCCACCCAUACCAUACUCCGAACCCAACGAGCCCCUCCCUCCAAUCGAUGUCUCCUCCACCGACGCCAACCGCAGCUCCUUCCUCACUACAGACUACGACUCCACCAUUCCCCUCAUCCGCGCCCGCUUCCCCAACAUCGACCCCCUCUACUUCACCAAAAUCUUCCGCGGCACCAUCCACCCCGAAGGCCUAAUCUGGCUCGACGUCGACCGCCAAGACGCAUCGCCCCCCAACUUCUCCGACCUCGCGCACCUCCUCUACUGCUUCGAGAUCUACGGCCAGAUCCUGUGCAUCCUGGCGGAUCCGCGGGGAGGGCCGAAGGAGAUAGAGUUGCAGCGGGCGCUGUCGGAGUACCGCGUCCGGGUGCUGAAGUUGAGCAAGGUGGCCAGCUUCGAGAGCUUGAGGGACUGGCACAAGGCGUAUCUGGCGGCGCAGAUUAGGGAUGGGCAGGACAGGGUGGAGGGGUGGAGGGAGAGGAGGGAGGGGUUGGGGGCGUUGUUGAAGAAGAAGGUGGCGCCGGUGGAAGGGGAGAGUGGUGCUGGUGGGCAUUAUGCGACUCAUUAG